CUGGCACGUGUUGGGCGCGCAAGCGCCUGGUGCUACCCCUGACCUCUGCGGUGGCGGCCAUGGGGCGUUCGAGUUGGCGGUUGGUGGUCGCCGCCGGCGCGGGUCUCGCGCUGGCCCUAGAGGCGUUGCCGUGGCUGGUACGUUGGCUGCUGGCCGGGCGGCGACCACGGCGCGAGGUGCUCUUCUUCCCCUCACAGGUGACCUGCACCGAGGCCCUACUGCAGGCCCCAGGCUUGCCCUCGGGGCCCUCGGGCUGCCGGUGCACCCUCCCUCACAAGGAGAGUUCGCUGAGCCGCCUGCUGCAAGCGCUGUUGGCCGCCCGUUCCAGCCUGGAACUCUGCCUCUUCGCCUUCUCCAGCCCGCAGCUGGGGCGUGCCGUGCAGCUGCUGCACCAGCGCGGGGUGCGCGUGCGUGUCAUCACCGACUGCGACUACAUGGCCCUCAACGGCUCGCAGAUUGGCCUGCUGCGCAAGGCAGGUAUACAGGUACGGCACGACCAGGACCUAGGCUACAUGCAUCAUAAGUUUGCCAUCGUUGACAAGAAGGUGCUCAUCACUGGCUCCCUCAAUUGGACCACACAGGCCAUCCAGAACAACCGCGAGAACGUUCUGAUUAUGGAGGACACCGAGUAUGUGCGGCUGUUCCUGGAGGAGUUUGAGCGCAUCUGGGAAGAAUUUGACCCCACCAAGUACAGCUUUUUCCCCCAGAAGCACCGAGGGCACUGACCCUGCUUUGUCUUGUGCAGUCUUCCGGCCUGUCCUUGUGAUGAUGUUCCCUCUUGCUUUGCAUUAGCCUUUCUUGGCUGGCGGGGAGCAGCUGGUAGUCCUCCUGGCUGGCAGGGGAGCAGCUGAAGUCAGGAAGGAGGUGACAGUGUGGGCAGUGCCGCAGGCUGUUCUAUAGCAAUAGUCGCCUAGAUGGACAGGCC